AUGUGUGUGCAGCAGGCAUGGUAGCAACAAGUUGGUCUGUGGACAUGCCACCGGAAUAACCAAAUGAAGAGAAACUAACCAACAGAUAAAUUCAAGGAAGUUCAACAGGGAUCUGUAUUCGGCUAUUGAAACAUUCAACCAGGCAUUGUGUCAAGGCAAUAGAGCACCAUGUGAAAUCUUCACAAAAUGGCUACUUAUGUACUGUGGUCAGCAGUUGUCUGGACUCUCAAGGGCCUGUUGUGCACAUGGAGGUUUUUCUGGGUCAGCCCAUAUUGUGCUCUAAAAUCUGCACCAUUAACACAGCAUGCAGCUGACACUGACCAUAAAUUACCAUCCAAACUGUCCCCAGUUAUCCAGGAUGUCAAGCAUCUGGCAAGGACAGAUGUAAAUGCAGCCUCAGAGAAGAAGGUCAAACCAGAAAACUGUGUUCAGCCUGAACGCACAAGUGGCCUGUUCAAGAGACUGCUAAAGGCUGAGGGGGAGAUUCAAGAACUGAAGAUAGAGAUUGCAAAUCAGAGAGCAUCAUGGGAGAUGCGGUUUGUGGAGCUGCAAAAGAGACAACGUGAUCUAAGAGACCAGCUGACCUCUGAGAUUCUGGUGAGGACUGGAAUACUGUACAGAGACACUGAUUCAGAAGAAGCAAAUGAAGUCUUUCUAGAGUCUGGUUUGGAGAAUGGGCUUAAUCCUGAGGAGAAGGAGCAUGCAUGUUCUAGUGGUCUCAGACACCAGCAUAAGGGACCUGAUGUGGAAUUGCUUAGAGAUGGUGGCAGUCAAACCUCCUGCCCAUCAGACUCCAGAGCCACUUCUGUCAUGUCUAACAUCAGUGUAAGGUCUUGGAGGAGUGGAGGGGGACCUCAUCGAGUGUUUGUACCCCACUCCCCUCUGGAUCUGAAGAUUGGGCACAGGGUCCGUAUCAUGUUACCCUCUGGACGGAUCAGCACUGGUACCUUACGCUACCUGGGCAACAUACAAAACUCUCCCGAAUACCAUCUUGGCGUAGAGCUGGAGUUGGCUGAUAAUGGACAGCAUGAUGGCACCUAUGAAGGACAGCGCUACUUCUACUGUGACCCUGGACAUGGUGCGUUUGUAGCAUUCAGUAGAUUGUUAAUGGCUUGGGAGUAGAUGCUCUUAUUGGAACACUUAAGUGAAGACUCUCCGGGCCACUCAAGAGCACUCUUGCAACAGUUUGCUGUAUGGAUCCAUAAUAGAGCGCAGCAAUGAUGAAGCAUUUUUGUUGGCCGACCCAGAAGUUAACAUUCCCUAGACGAAAACACAAUAGGCUUUUGGAUUAUUGCAGAAAUUCUGAAGUAAAAAGCUAAACGUAAGUAAAUGUGGUCACAUGACCUCAAUGUCACCAAUAUUACUGUACAUACCAAAAAUUUUAUUUAAAACAUUUUCCCUGAAAGUUUGAGUUUUAAUAGUAUGCAAUAGCAUGAUUAUAAACACAAUGAGGCUGUGAAACCGGCUAGUGAGUAGAUUAGAGUUUACCUGUUCAGUUUGAAGACAUUUAAUCAAGACAAGCAAAAGCAUUAAAAACGCUAAGGGGUUUUACAGAUGCAUUUUAUGUCAUAGAAUAAAACGUGACAAUAUCUUGUUCACCACUUCAGGCAUUUAACCAAAAACCCAUUCAAAAAACAAAUUGACUUUGUCAAACGGAGGUGCUAAAAUGCUAACUUUUUCCAGGUUUGGCCUACAAAAACACAUGCCUGCAGGACUACUUGUGUAUAGCGUAACUCUACUAGUAGAACAAUAACUUGUAACUGGCAAACAGGUGACCUUAUAUGUUACCAUAAAGGUGAAGAUGGUAAUUUCUGCGCCUCUAGUGACACCAAAUGUAACAGCAAAAAUGAUGACUGUUUUCAACCAAAAACAAUUAAUCUUACCCCAAAAUUGUGCCAUUGGGUGGACAUGCAAUGUUUUGAAAGUGGCUUCAACCUAUGAAUGUAUUAGCUACUUGGUGUCUCUGCCUAUUAACAAGCUGUCAUUUAUUACCAAGAAAUCACACGUGAUCAUGUGAUUCGUAUAAAAAAAACAUAUGGUUUUUAGAAAAUAAGUAAGCAUGAAGGUACACCCUAACCCUAACCUCAAUGGGACAUAAGCAGAUUGUACAAAAAAUGACAAAUUAGCCACCAAUUCUGCAUGUAUGUAGAUGUAAAUGUAAACAUAGUUAUGAAUUGCCAUGAGAUUGUUUUGGAAUCGGCACUUUUUCAUAUUUAUUUAUGACUGUUGGGGAAAUUCUGUAUUAAAAUAUAUACUAAAAUAUCCGCAGAGCUGAGAUAGGAAGACUCGUAUCAGUAGGUUAAACAGAUCAAAUUAUCCAAAAUAUUUCCAUAUAAGGAACAGGUAUGCGUAAUGAUGAGAGUGAUGAUGGGUGAUCAAAUUCUGUGGAAUUCUGUUGACACGUAUUCCAUGCAUGUCUGCUUAUUGCCAAUAUCCGUUAAUGCAAAUGAAGGAUACACCCUAUUGAACAUGGAUAAAAGAGGACGUUUAAACAGCCAUCUGAGGUAAAAACCAGUCACCUCUGCUGCAUUCUAAAAUGGAAUAUUCACAAGAGGCCAGGUGUGUUCUCCACGAUGCACUUAUCAAAAGAUUUUCCCUGUUUAUUGAAGGAUGUGUUCUGACGUUUCAGGAAAGAGACUGGACCAAUACAUGUUAUUCCCCAUUCAUGGAAAUUAAGAUGAUUUCUCAAAGAGAAUGUUACCAAUGUCUUAACCAAAAGUGUUUGCUUUGGCUUUUUUGGUUAUUUUUGUCACUGAACUUCCUCUUACAAAGAAAGCAAAUCACAUUCCUAUGGAUUAAGAUAAGGAAAUAAACACAUGAUCUACUGGGAGCUGUUUUGCAUUUUCAUAACACUUUUUGGCGCGAACUUCCUUCUUCCUUGUAGAUGUAAAUAGAUAAAUAUAUUGUCAAAAAGAGAGGGAAGGACAGAGAGAGAGAGAGGGAAAUUUUUACAUAAUUUAACAUUGUAUGAUGACAUACACAAUCUCCCCAGAUUUACUAUUCAAAUUAAAUAAACUUUUAUAAGCUACAUCUUUUUGUAAAUACAGGACAUAAGUCAUAUGUAAUAUGUUCAUGUCACAACAUUUUAACUUGUUAUAUUUGUAUAACACUGCUCCAUAAUCUCUCAUUGCAACUGGCUUUCAGCAGUAAAUGCAAAAAUAACUAACAAAUGUUUUUACCUACACACAGUAUAUUCAGGUGGGUCAUCGUUACCAUCAGGUAGACACAGAUAAACAAUUCUUUGAAAAGCAGUAGUUAUAAUAAUACAAUUGAAUAAAGUAACAAAUAGCACAAAACAUUUUGUAUUGAAUGUAAAGGUGUGUCUAAGUAAUGAAUUAAAUGGAGUGUGGUUUCAGAUGCCAGUUAAAACACAGCCAUCAGUCACAAAUAAAAUCAAAACAGAAACUAUUUCACAGAAACAUUUUACUUUGUGACAGCAGCAGGUCUCCCAGUUUGUUAACAAGCAGUUAACAUAAAAUACUUAUGUAUCUGGUAUUACUGGUUAAUCUCCAUCUAAAAACAUUGUGCUAUUUUUAUUUUAUUCAAUUAAUAAUUACGAUGCAUGCAAAGCUUGGAUGCAGGAUUAUUUAAACCAUAAACGUUAUAAUGAAACCAGUGAACAUAAGAAAUAUGCGUAUUCCUUUAUAUUGAUUUAUAUAUAUAUAUAUAUAAAUAAAUAAAUAAAUCAUGUCAGUUACUAAUUAUGAUGCUACUGGUUGCAUGGGAAAUGUCUCAGUAUUUU